GAUGACGAGAAACGUGAAACCUCAGGAACAGCCUGGAAGGCAGAUUUCCGCUCGGCUGUCGUAGGCGUCUACAGAAACAUCAUGCGCUGUCAAUGCCAUCAUUGUCAUGCCGGCGGCUGAUUCAUGUUGGGUGCCUCUUUCUUUGCCGCUCUGCAUCUAAAUUGCACACGGAUCCUUCAUAUGGUGGUAAAAUUGAGGCGCAAAUAUGAUGCGCCUCAUCUGCUCUCCUAUGUUUCUGUGGACCUCGAUCAUGACUUCGAUUCUAGAAGCGGUGGAGCUCACAGGAGUUAGUCCUGGGCGAGGGCCGGCGGCUGGUGGAGCUGUUUUUCCGUUUGAUCGUGUACCUGCAGUGGGCCCCGACUUGGCACAUGUGUUUCAAACACGCCCAUCAAACAAUCGAUACAUCUCUGUCAUGCUGUGGCUGUCAGUGGCGGCUACAUACCGGUGUCUUUGUGGUCUCCAAUGCAGAUCGUGCCUCGUUGUCGCAGUAUAUCCGUCUUGUCAGGGUUACAUAACAAAACCUCGAGUCGUUCAUUCAUUUCGUUUCGCUAACAUGCAUGGCGGGCCCGUGGCGUCGUGUCUCGCAUAAACGCUCAGCGUGACGCUGGGCGAGGGUUUCGUCGU